AUGACAAAUCCAAACUCGCAAAAAGUUGCUGUUGGUGGGCCAGACGAUGAAGAGCAAAGGCUGUUGGACGUGCAAAGAGCGAAAGGUGCGCUGCGACCGAGGCCUGCCGGCGUGCCAGACCUGCGUCCGGGCCAAAAAAUCGUGCCAAGGAUAUGGGCUGAGACUGUCGGCCGGCGUCUGUUUGUUAACACUACCGGCUGGGAUAUCGAGCUGUACAGACAGCUUUCCCAGCAGAGUGAGAUCCGACCGGCUCUUCUGAUGGAUAGUGUGCCACUGCUAAGACAACCUCCUCCUUCGACAGUGCAGAACACUGAUCUGCUCGGUUAUUUCCACAAUGUUGCCUACCUCUCGCUGGUGACUUUCAGCGGCACUGCCCAGCAGAUCCGGGACAUGCUUCUGCGAAUGGCCUUGUCUGAUGGCGGUGGACACGAUAUGUCAGGUAGGGCGCUACUAUAUUCGCUGCUAGCUGUGGCAUCUGUGCGCCGCAGCGGAGUGCAGCCAGAGGCCAUCCGACUCAAGGUGGCUGCGCUAGAGGCACUGCGCACAGCUGUCCGACAACAGCAGCAGCAGCAACAACAACAGAGGAGAGGAGUAAAACUGGGCUCCGCGGCACCUAUUGUGGCAGCAUCGAUGCUUUUGUGCUCGUACGAAAUCGAGCUUCCGUCAGCCAGUUCGGGCGAGUGGCUGUGGCAUGUGCAAGGGGCCAUUGGCCUUGUUCGGGAGACCCAACUGGAGCAACAGCUAGACAGUGAUAUCGUAGGUGACGAUGAGAAUAUGCUGGUCGAGUGGGCAUACUACCACGCAACUCUGUCUCGCUUCUCGAUGCAGCAUUGGCGACAUGGCAGCCAGGGAGAGUACUUUUUGCCGACACAACCUUGCCGGAAACCGACACUGGCUGUGCUCAACUUCCUCGACGAGGCUUGCGGCACCAUCAUCGACCCUAGAGAUCUGCGCAGCAACGAGACGGCAUAUCGGGAGAGGUUGCGGACGCUUCAGCUUCGCGUGCAGAAUUUUCCAGCCGCCACGUCGCUGAUGGCUUUGAGUUCCGUGACGCCUUGGUCUGAGGCUGACCGGACGGUCGUGGCUGUUGAGCUGUUUCGGGUCGCCACGUUGGUGUAUCUCGUGCGAGCAGGGACUUCGUGGGCGUCUCUGUCGGUCCUCCCAUCAACAUCACCAUCACCACCACCACCGCCCAUCGACCUAGACGCUCUAGUAGCCACUAUCUAUGACAUGCCGCUGCAGAUGCACCCCAGCUGUGACCACUUCUUCCCGCUGCUUAUCAUCGGUGGCGAGGCUCGCUCGGAUGAGCAGCGAGCCACCGUCCUCGCCAUGGUCGAGCGAACGGAGCGGAUGACGCAGGCCCGCAGCAUGCAGCGACUCAAAGCCGGCCUGCAGGCGGUCUGGGCACAGGUCGACCUGCACGCCGAUGGCGAUCUGGUGCUCAACUACUUCCGUAUGAUGGACGCUGUCGUCAGUGCCAACAGACCGCUUCCAUCGUAUGUGUAG